AUGCCUGUUUUCAAAGAGGGUGACGAGGUGACCUAUAGGAAGAGUACUGCACAUGUUGGGACUGUGUUGGAAGUCAAGACGGACGGUGAUGUACUUGUAAAGUGGGAAAACAACGACACAUGGCAAGAGGCAUCCGAUCUUCAUAUUGUCCACAACGAUCCACUAUCAACUCCAGCACUCUCUUUUCGACGUAAACGACGGCGUAUAACACCACCAGCAGUAGAAUCUCAUACCAACGCUACAGGUGCUGGAGGGUCAAAUCACGAUGAGACGAGCAACCCACCAGUGACAAACAUUUCGUUUACUGCUGGUGACUCUUCGCCACAUCUAUCUUCACGACGACUACUUCCAGAGGGCUAUAUGCCAAAAGUGCGUCAUGCAUUAGCCUCAUCCUCGUCCUCGUCCUCAAGCAGCAGUGGUGCCUUGGCCACCCAACUUGAUGUCUCCUCAUCCUCUAGUACUGGUAGCUCUUCGACUUCUUUGGUCUCGAGCAGUGAUUCAUCAGGCUCCAAAUCCACUGCUAUGGCACCAGCAGCAGGGAGCUAUGUGCCACGACGACGCAGUGAAUUCGACUCGUCCUCGAGCAGUGAUGACUCUUCAGACCCACAUUCUUCUCCAGCCCAGACGGCAACAAGCCCAGAUGGCAACGACAGGCCAGAAAAUGACGCCGAAGGAAUGGGGGCCAUAAAUGACCCGGAUCUGCAACGACUCCGAGAGCAAUACAAAGAAAAGAUCCGUAUGUUCGAACGUUUGGAUCUAAAGGGAUACUUGGAUGCCUUUGAAGGCCCAAGCAAAGAUGCAUUGCAAUAUGGAUAUGAUGCUGAUUCCAUGAAUUUGGCUACACAAAAUUUACCGGAUAUUGGUUUCUUGAGGCAGUCAGGUUUUCAUUUCAAAAAAGCGAGCGCAAAUAACAAACCGUACCGCGCCCGGGGUGGUGUCAGAAAGAGCAGGAAGAGCAGGACAGGCGGGCUCAGACCAUCAAAGGGUGAUGUUGUCAUGAAAGGCCCAACCCCAUUGGAUCAAUUCCCUUCUUUCACCAUCGGGAAGAUUUAUUUCAAUGGAAUAUCAAUGUAUUUGUCGGUUCACGUGCUUAUGGAAACAGGAGUUGGUCAAUCUUGUCACCAAGACAUCAUAAAUACAUGGAAUGCCGUUAAUAGGUGGGCAUAUGGCUGUUCCAAAAGAAGCAUUUUACAUCUUCACAGAAACAAAAAACUGGGCCUUGAUUUUGGUGAUGACGAUAUGAAUAGUACUGUCAACCUUUACCGCCUUGUUGCUUCUGGGUCGUAUGGAUUUGGGGAGGCUGGUGAAAAAGAUCCAGGGAUAGAGUCGAUUAGCGCUUCGGUCACAUCACUGCAUCUAGCUUUGGUUUGGUUUCUUCUUGGGGCUAUUGCCGAUGCUGAAUUCGAAUUGGAAGAGACUGAUGAGGACUCUGCCCAUGCACUGUACUAUUGUUCUGUUUUCCUUCUGCAGGGUGCUGGAUUCAAACAUAAGUGGAGAGAGCGCUUCGGAGACAAGGAUAGCGUCCAGCGCAAAUGUGAUUUCUGUCCCAUCCAACAGCGAGUAGAAUGCAAUGAUUGGGUACAAGGUAAGGUCGUGGAGACCCAUGAAUUAGCCAAAAGGCGCUUCUUCCGGCAGGACGUUUCGUAUCAUGCAUCAACACGUUGUGCAAUUGAUAUUGCGGUUACUAUCCACUGCAAAGGGGAUUGGCAUGUCCUUCCAUGUGGAAAGUUGGCAAAGUUAACAAUUGCAGAGGCAGUGAAAACAAGGGCAAGUGAAGCCCAACAAAUAUUCGAUGAAGUAGAUGAUGAAGAUGAGUAUGGUGAUGAGGAGGAUGAUGAUUAUGAUGAUUAUGAUGAUGGUGAUGAUGGUGAUGAUGGUGAUGAUGGUGGUGAUGGUGGUGAUGAUGAUGAUGAUAAUCUGGAACAUAUUGAUUAUUGGGAAGAUGUUGACCAUACCAAAGAUGACCAUGAUGGCUUUUGUGACCUCGCUCUUCUUGAGCGCGUGGCCUUGUUAGAAGGACGGAUACAAUUUCCAAAGUUUGGGACAACUGGGGAGUUUGGUUGCUGUCAAAUCAAGCGUGAUACACUGGCAAUGAACGCGACUUCGACAGAUACAUACCAGCCGGAUGAGGAUGAUGACCAUCAAAGAGUGGACAUUGAUUAUGCGGCACGGAAUCCACGAGCUGCAACAAUAAUUCAGUUCUAUCUUCCCUAUUAUCGAUUUGCUUUCCGAGAUCAAGUAAAAAAAAAGAAGUUCUGGGAAGAGGCCCGAGAACUGCCUCGGGUGAUUGUGCGGAUGGCUUCAAAAUUUGAAAGUUGUCUCAUAGAAAACAAAGCCUUAGAGGCCGAAAGAAAGCAUUUCUACGGAGAUGCAAGUGAGUAUAAUGCUGUUGAUCAAUCCAUCUUUCGUUAUGUGAAGAAUCGAUUCGGAGCAGAUGUGGGCACCACCUCAUAG